CGCCCCUCGGGUGCCAGCACCGCCCCCGCUGCGGCGGGUGAGGGGCGGGGCGGGGCGCGGCGUAUAUAAGGCUAGGGGCGGGCGCCGCUCUUUUGUCUCUUGCUGCAGCAAAGCGAGUGGGAGCACCGGGAGCCCGAUCUUGGAGCGGGACCGUACGGAUUGUUUUUAGAAAAUGGCAGACAAACCAGAUAUGGGAGAAAUCGCCAGCUUCGAUAAGGCCAAGCUGAAGAAAACGGAGACGCAGGAGAAGAACACCCUGCCGACCAAAGAGACCAUUGAGCAGGAGAAGCGGAGUGAAAUUUCCUAAGAGCCUGGAGGAUUUCCUGCCCCCGUCAUCUUCGAGACCCUAGUCCUGAUGUGGAGGAAGAGCCACCUGCAAGAUGGACACGAGCCACAAGCUGCACUGUGAACCUGGGCACUCCGCGCCGAUGCCACCGGCCUGUGGGUCUCUGAAGGGACCCCCCCCAAUCGGACUGCCAAAUUCUCCGGUCUGCCCCGGGAUAUUAUAGAAAAUUAUUUGUAUGAAUAAUGAAAAUAAAACACACCUCGUGGCA